AUGGAGAGAAAAGGUAAAACSGUGAAAAKAGGGCUAGUUGUUAAACCAAUAAUUUCUUCAGAAACGAAUUCUCGUUGUCAAGUAGAUUUGAUUGAUAUGCAAGCUCAACCUGAUGGAAAUUAUCGAUUUAUUUUAGUUUAUCAAUAUGGACAAGAUCACAUAACGAAUAUGUGGGAAGAACUGAAAAUUGUGCAUGGCAAGCCACGGCAUUCACAGAGCCAGGGCUCUGUCGAAAGGGCUAACCAGGAUGUAGAAAAUAUGCUUGCCACUUGGUUAACAGAUAAUGAAACCAAUAAAUGGAGUGAGGGACUUAAAUUCAUUCAAUUUAUGAAAAAUAGAAGUUAA